AUGGACGAGCCUGCAGAUUCAUCGUCGUCGUGUACGCUGCCUGAACUGGUGGACGUCGAUGUCUCGGCCAUCAGUCACGAACGACUCAAAGACCUUACGGGCGAAGUCUUGAACACGGUGCUGGACAAAGACAGCGUUUUAGGAGACCUGCCAAAUAACGUGACGUUGGGAGAAGUCGAUUUACAAAUCGCGAUUGAACACGGUCGAGCGAUAACAGUAUACCUAGAACGCUUCGACGGAAUUGUCAUCCCAAUUGUCGUACAGAAGAAUGGAGCAAAAGUGGCCGACUUGAAAAAGAGCAUAGAAAGAAAAAUGACGUUACAUUUAAAAAGAGCUGGCGAGAGAUCAACCAUCAGUUGGAGACGAAUAUGGAAAACUUAUUGGUUAAGUUGUAAUGGGAAAAAAAUUAAGUGUAAUUACGAUUCCAUAUCCAAGUACAUGGAAAACAACUCAAAACUAAUAUUUGUAAAACGAUUUAGAGAAAAAAACAUUCACGAUCAAUAA